UAUUGAUUUUAUGCUGUUUGCAAUAUAGUCCGUGGUUCCGAAGAUGCGGAUUAUGUGUUCAGAAUAGUCCGCUCUUAUACUGCGCUGUAUCAAUAAGGUAGGGAAUGACAUGAAAAUGGUAAAAAUUUUUUCAGUCGAUAUAAUAGGAUAUGAUACGGAAAUGAUAAGCACUCUUUAACUCUUACUAUGGAAUAGAAAAUUGUAUAGCACGUUGAUUUCAUAUCUUGUCUACGUAAAAGUUUAAAAAAUCCUUUAUAUAUGUAUCUUACGCAAGAAAAGCUACUGCUACUGCUUCUCGCCAUAGCGAGUUGUCAAAGCGCGGAUCGAUAAAAAUUUAAAAGGCAUACAAAUGUUAGCACAAACUUUCCAGUAUUUAAUAUUUUAAAUAUUUUAGAACAUGUACAUACUUCAUUCGGACAUAUAAAAACAUACAUUAUUUAAAAACAUUUCGAAGUAUUUAAAAAUUUUAAGUUGAAAAUAACUGCAUUUAACACGUUGAGAAGUCCGUUCGUUUUAACAGAAUAAUAAGAUAACAGAUUAUUAUAGUGUAUGGGCUACGUAACAGUGGUCAAUUAGAGUAACAACUAAACCCAGGUAACUCCAUUUGAUUUUCAACCUUAAACAUCGAUAUGGUAAAACCAAAUAUUUAAUAAUAUUAUAUGAAACUAUUAGAGCAUUCCUUUCAUCCUUGUAACAAUUAUCUAACUUUUCAUUUUUGUACCGAAAACAGUAAUGGUAAGAAAGGAUAGCUAGAUAUUGGCAAAGGAAAAGCAAGGCAUGAGGAUACAAUGAAGAGGCGUAAACCACACUGGCUCACGGUGCACUGCUCUCGCCAAUGGUCCGUGCGAAUGUGACUCCGCCUCUUAAGCGUGGCCAGUUUUCCCCCUCGUGGUUCCAUCGUGAUUGUCAGCCGUGCUUGGUCGAGCAUGCGCGUCGGUGUACGUUCGUACGAAUACACUGUCUUCUGUGACGAAUACACACGCUUAGGUACAAAAGUGAAGCCGCCCGAACUUGAUCAUAUACGGAUGCGCAGAAAUAUGCGCGCAACGUGAAUGUGAGCGGCCACCGAUUGGUCCACCGACCACUUGCAGCCCUCUCAAACCAACAUUUUCUCUCUUACUUUCUUUCGCUCAAUCUUACGCAUGUCCUUUUCUCUUAUUUAACGUCUUGCUCCCAUUGGCGUAGCUGGGAUUUUAACUGGGGGAAAGGGGUAGAAGUACACUAUAGCUGCACGUUGAAUUACCACGCGUUAUGGAUAAUCACGUGGUAAAUCACCCUGUGUUAUCGAUCACCACAUCUCUGCAUAUUGCUAUAUCUACUAUGUGUAAUAAUUCCUGCACGUUAAAUCGCCACGUGAUAUAUCCUUUCGCAUUACAUCCCCAUUCCCAAGUUAUGGGGGUCAAGCUCACCCCGACCACUACCUAUUUACGCCAAUGCUUAUUUCUUCAACGAUGUUCAUUUCAACGUUUAAUUCGCUCUCUCUCUUUCUUCCUCCCUCUCUCUUUCGUUAAACACGCAACAAGCCACGCUCUCUAUAUGCUAAUUCGUGUGCGUUGAAGAGCUAUGAGAGGGAGCGGGCGGGGGCCACGCUCAGAGGCUACGCUACUAGCCGGAGAGGAGAUUUCUUAUUUCUGCUCUGGUAAAUCUGUCGCCCCAGUCAGUGAGGCAGCGAAGGGCGAGCCGCGCACCAUUGACCGUGUCCGUGCUUCUUUUUUCGUCUCGUCUAGCCCAGCGACUUGGCCGCCGCGGGUCCACCGUUUAAUAUUUUGUUUCUCUUUCUCUAUCUUAUCCAAAAGCAAACGUUCCCUUUCUCGCUUCUUUUACAGAGGAGCGAAUACAGUGCACACACUUGCCACGCUGUUAUAUCGCAUUAUUUAACGGCUGCUGCUAAGUCAAUUGAGUUUUUCGUUUGGUAGUCUCUUGGUCUCAGUUGUGCGUGAAUGAAGGACUACGCGAUCGACGCACUCCAUUCUCGCCAUUUCAUUAGACACUUUGAUUCAGCGUUCCGAUGUUUCCUGUCCGCAGAUGAAACGCACCGUAGCGUGAACUCCCUGUUCGUCGUGUCAGUGAAGUGUCCCGACGACGUCCGUACGAUCGGAUCGGUGUUCCAACGGUACCAACGUACCCUUAAAAUGAACAUGGUGUGCGGAUCUCUGCGAAGAAGAAAAAUGUGAAAUUACAGACAUGUCAGCUUGCAAGGGAACGUAAGGUGGUGCACGAUGAAAAGAGCGUAAAGGCACGGAUGCACUUGGCGGAGUUUGGAGAACGCGUUUCGGACUGAAAUCUCGGAUCGGGGAAUUCGCUAGACUGAAAAUUUGUCUUGUUGAUAACUGUAGUACGGCCUAAGUAAUUUCGAGAGACUUCAUCAACGAAGAAUUGUUUGAAGAGGUGACGGAGAACUGCGUUGCAUGUAGCCGACGGCUGCUAGGUUUCAUCUACCCCAAUGGAUCCUAUUGUACUAGAAAGUAACGCGAGCGAACUUGGUGCAGAUCAUCCGCAGCAGCAGCAGCAACCACACCAGCAACAGCAACAACAGCAGUACGGCGAGGUGAAUCAACUUGGGGGUGUGUUCGUAAACGGUCGACCUCUGCCAAACGCGGUCAGGUUGCGAAUAGUGGAGCUUGCACAGCUGGGUAUAAGGCCGUGCGACAUCUCGCGGCAGCUGCGAGUCAGCCAUGGUUGUGUCAGCAAGAUCUUGGCCCGAUACCACGAAACGGGCAGCAUACUGCCUGGUGCGAUCGGCGGCAGCAAGCCCCGGGUGACAACCCCGAAGGUAGUCCAGUACAUCAAGCAGCUGAAGUUGAAAGAUCCGGGCAUCUUUGCCUGGGAGAUCAGGGAUCGUUUGCUCUCUGACGGGGUGUGCGACAAGUACAAUGUGCCUUCGGUGAGCAGCAUUUCGAGGAUACUGCGGAACAAGGUCGGCGCUGCGAACGCGAUACAUCAUCAUCCGCAUCAUCCGGCGCAUCAUCACCAUCAUCAUCAUUUGUACGCAGCUGCGGCUGCCGCUGGAGCUGCCCUCUGUCCUGUUCCUUAUCCGCCGACGCCUUAUCACGCGACGCCGCCACCCGCUGUAACGCACCAUCAUCAUCAUCAUCAUCAUCAAGUUGGUCCGACGACGCCGAGCAAGCUGUCGCCGUCCUCGCCAACCUCGAUUCACGGCGUAUCGCAUCAAACAACGACCGGUGCUCUGCAGUGGCCGAGUCCUCACACGGUUCACGACAUCCUUGCCAGCGGCUGUAAUUUGACCAAUUCUCAAACAUCAUCGUCUCCAAGUUCGCCGCUGUGCGCGGCAGUCAACAACAAUAAUCAUCAUCCUCACCAUCAUCAUCAUCAGAGCAACGAGAACGCUGCCAACAACAAUAACAACGAGGAAACCAGUGGCUAUCAUCACCCGCAUCAUCAUCACCAUCACCAUCAGCAGUAUUACGCGUCCGCUCUUUACCACCAUCAUCACCAUCAUCAUUCGGACACCGUGACACCGGUGGUCACCACGUCGCCGGUGCUCAGCGUACAAUCCAUCAUGAUGCAAUCGUCGGUGGCUAGCAGUCAACCGGCUAGUCCUUGUAACUGAAACGAAUAGGUUCUUUUUAUUGUUUGCGAAUCUUGUUUGGAGAAGAAAAAAGUUCAAGCGGUUGAUACGCGAGUGAUGAAAGCACUCGUUGAAUCGUUCAGAAAGGUAGACGUGGAUCCACCUUAAAGAUUUGUUUGCAACGGAGACAACCAACAGGAUUAUUCGUGGUAGAUUAUUUCAAAGGUUUAUAUUUGACGAUAGCUAAGAGGUAUUGGGGUAACUAGGAGUUUUGUCUGGAGUGAGUUAGCAAAUGCUGUUGCUCAGUGUGUUAUGUUUGGGGUGUCUUUAUUCUAACAAGAUGUUGGUUAAAAUUGGAACACAUAUAAAGCAUAGGAAAGGGACUCGGUUCACGUUUCAAAGAGAGUCAAACUCACUCCGUACUCAGCCUAGUUACACCAAUGCUUAGAGGUAGCAUUAUGUUAUCUUAUAAGUAAAUCUAAUCGCUCAAAGCGAUUAUGAACAAUACAUCAGCACCAGUAUUAUAUAUUUUAUAUCGCCGUUUGCCAAGAGUGCCUUUUAUCGAGCGCCAUAAAGGAAAAGAGCGAUUUUUAUCGUAUACGUAAUGAACUAUGAGAGAAGGAAGGUGAAUUAACAUUGUUGUAAUUCUUUAAACGUUUCAACGCGUUACCAUGUUUGAAUCGCAGUCGUUUUUAUACGUUUCUUUCGAUCCUUGCGUAGAUUUAAUAAUGCAAUCGGGCUGUCCAAAGAGCGUUCAAGCAAAUUUCUUGAACGAAUUGUACCCAUAUUAUUUAACUGAUUAAAUAAUCAUUUGUCAUGCUUUUUUAUGGAAUGCAACAUUUGUCACGAGGAAAUAUAUAUUUUCCUUAACGUUAAUAUUGAUGUUUCUCUUCCCACCUCAUCUUCCUUAUGUCCCCACAAACAAUUAAUAAAACAAUCUUUUGAUAUUUUUUUCUGAAAUAUAAUUUGU